UGUGUGUGUGUGUGUGUGCCACCGGCUAAGCUAACAGGCUAGCAGCGGAGGGUUCUCCAUCAGCGGGCGGCGGAAAAGACCGCAGGCGGCAGAGAGGAGAAGCUUGCUACCGAGGGACCGAACCUUGCCAGGCUGACGCCUAAACACUGGGAGCAGUGACCCGUUUGGCCGCAAAAUGUCCGAUUUCGACAGCAACCCGUUCGCAGACCCGGACUUCAACAACCCGUUCCAGGAUCCCUCAGUGACACAGGUGACCCGGUCUGCCCCUCCUGGUGGUCUUGAGGAGUACAACCCCUUCACAGAUGCCAGAACGGCCGCCCCUGGAAAUGCCCCCAAAUCUAACCCAGCACCUGCCCAGAACACACAGCCUGCCAUCAUGAAGCCCACAGAAGAGCCCCCAGCUUACUCGCAGCAACAAACACAGGACCAGGCACGUGCUCAGGCAGAGUUGCUGAGAAGGCAGGAAGAGCUGGAGAAGAAAGCAGCCGAGCUUGACCGCAGGGAGCGAGAGCUGCAGUCUCACGGAGGUGCAGGUCGUAAGAACAACUGGCCUCCGCUCCCUCAGAAGUUCCCUGUCGGGCCGUGUUUCUACCACGACAUUGCAGUGGACAUACCCAUCGAGUUCCAGAAAACGGUUAAGAUCAUGUACAACCUCUGGAUGUUCCAUGCAGGCACGCUCUUUGUCAACAUGUUCGGCUGCCUGGCCUGGUUCUGUGUGGAUCCAACCCACGGUGUGGACUUUGGUCUUGCCAUGCUGUGGUUCCUGCUCUUUACACCAUGUUCCUUUGUCUGCUGGUACAGACCGCUUUAUGGGGCUUUCAGGAGCGACAGCUCUUUCCGCUUCUUCGUCUUCUUCUUCGUGUACAUCUGCCAGUUUGGAGUUCACGUGCUACAAACCAUCGGCAUCACUGGUUGGGGCACAUGUGGCUGGAUCACGGCUCUAAUGGGUCUGAACACCAGCAUCCCAGUGGGCAUCAUCAUGUUGCUCAUCGCUGCACUCUUCACCACACUAUCUGUGGGCUCGCUCAUCAUGUUUAAAAAGGUGCACGCACUGUAUCGAACCACCGGUGCCAGUUUUGAGAAGGCUCAGCAGGAGUUCGCCACGGGCGUCAUGUCCAACAAGACGGUCCAGACUGCGGCCGCCAACGCUGCGGCCAACGCCGCAUCCAACGCCGCCCGCGGAGCCUUCAAAGCCCAUCCAUAAGCACACUCACACACACACACCCCCAUCAGCCAACUCACUCACACACACUGCGGAUGCACAACUCCGGCCCCGUGAAAUCACCCGAUUCGCUAAUGUUGCUACGCUAACAUUGAUUGGCUCUUGUGCAUCCUCACCCAAAGUCCGAACUUUAAAACGGCACAUUACCUGCCUCGUGUGCCCAAAACGUCCCCUCAAACGAAGUCACGCUUCGCCAUGUCGCGCACUGCUGCAACCCCCCAAAAUGAUCCCCUUUUCACUCAUCAUGGUAGCUAAUCCAGUCAGAGCACUUUGUCUCCCAGGAGGGAGCAGGGUCAACGUGUCAAAGAGAAGUGAUCUGCAUGUCCAUCGGUUGCUUAGAGAAUGGAGGGAUGAACGUGUGUGUGUGUGUGUGUGUGUGUGUGUGUGCGUGUGUGUGUGUGUGUGUGUUACAAUCAUAUGUCUUCGUAGAUCGUCACAAAAACUAAAGCUGCUAAGAAUCUGGACGUGGCCUCUUGCUAGUUUGUGGUUCCUUUGCGUAUACAGCAAACAUGCCGUCGAUAAACAAAUGUGAAAUGGUCAUAAAGUACCAAAAAAAAGUGUUAAAUGACUGGAAUAUGACCUGUAGUUGGCUUUUUGUGGCCCCAUUUGGUCUUUAAUAUUGCUCGGGUUUGAAUUUAUGAGGCACUAGUUACUGAAAAUAUCAACAGUGUGUAUUUCAACUUUCUGAUCAUGUGGCGCCCUCUAGUGGUUAUGGCCCGCAUAGUGUUUAUGCCCAGAUGACUGAUAACACAGAGGACCUCCAAACAAUGGCAGUGUUAAAGUGUACAGACUACUACACCCCCUAGUGGUGAGGAGUGUGCACGACAGACGGGGAAUGACUGGAGUUUAAAAUGUUGGACUGAAAUAAACGCCUGCAAGUGUUGAUCGCUAACCCUGACUAAACUAACCACAGUAUUUCUUCUUUUUUGGAAUUUUUGUUAGCACAUUUUUUUGGUUUUUAUGUUAGUUGUUCUAAUUUAUGGCAUAUUUUAAGUUGUAUUUUACAAGGUGUGUUAUUAUUAUGUGUGGCAAGGAAGCUUUGAACGAUUUGUGUGAAAGAUUCCAAAACAGACAAAAAAAAAAAAAAUCCCUCAAGUGUUAUUCUACUGUAAAUCCUCAAAAGCUGUGAGUAAUCUACCAAAUGUCCAUUUAGAAUUUUUUCUAAAGUUUGUGAUGUUAUAUUACUACAUUACUUUUACUGCCUAACAUGAGAGUUGCCCUCUCUUGUGUUUUGCAGGCGGGUCAACACUCCAGAAUGUUCCUGACCUGUCACCAUUUGUUAGUUCACUGAAUGAGAGACCUCACCCUAAUUUAAGAGGAAUACUGUACUUGUAUAUUUUGUAAAGAUGAUCAUUUGAUGCCCUUUAUGGAGUCGCGUGUAAAAAAGAACAUUUAAUGCACUCUCGUCUGGCCUUUGUCGCAUGUGAAAUAGUUUUCAGUUUUGUAUAUUUAUGGUAUUAACAUGGAAUAAAGAUUUGAAAAAGACAUCGGUGGAUUUUUCAUGAAACUGUGUUAUAACAGGAAGUAGUAUGAAAAGCAUGAGAACAUGUCACAGGACAUGUUGGAAUUCAUGUUUCCACUCAAUGAACCACAGCUCCCCUUAGUGCUGGUAGCACUCUUGCAGCCCCAGACAUUUAUUUUGGUACUCGCUGUGUUGAGCCAUAGUAAGUCUAUACAAGUUGCACACGGACUACUCUGAAGUAUAUUCACGUAUGUGUACAGCUCUGGUAAUGGGUACAUUCGCACCCACCUGCACAAAUGUACUUCAA